AUGAAUCUAUCCAAAUUUAUUUUCUAUUUAUUACUAGCUCCACCAUCAAUACGAUUUUCAAGUCAAGAAGGUGAACAUAAUAUAGCACUUGGAUCUAAUUUAGCAUUAUUUUGUGUUGCAACUGGUCAUCCAUUACCUAAAAUUACAUGGACAAAAGAUGGAAAAUCUAUAAAUGAUAGAAAAUUUACAAUUAGUGAAGAUAAUGUACAUUUACGAUUAAUUAAUGUUGAAGAAAAUGAUAAUGGUCGUUAUGCAUGUCAUGUUAUAAGUGAAUAUGGUCAAGUUUCUAAAACAUUCGAUGUUAAAAUAACAUAUGGACCUAGACUGGAUCCCGAUGGUCAGCUGCAAUACAGUGUCGAACGUACCGUAGGAGCUAGUGCUCUGCUUGAAUGUCUUGUGUCUGGUAAUCCUCGACCGAAAAUUGAAUGGUUCAAGGAUGGUAUACCACUUGAUCAACUUUCAUAUAGAUAUCGAUUAAUUAAUCAAGAUCGUCAGUUAGAAAUAAUAUCUAUGCAACCAACAGAUGCUGGUCGUUAUAGAUGUGUUGCAAAAAAUAAUUAUGGUCAAUUAGAGAUAAAUACAGAUGUUUCAGUUGGAGCUCCGGCUCGUAUUGAUCGUGGACGUGUACGUACAGAAUAUACAGUUCGUGAAGGUGAUGAACUUGUAUUACCUUGUCCAGCUACUGGAUCACCUACUCCAAAGUUAUACUUCACACGUACUGGUGAACCACGUCCAGGUAGUAGAUAUGACGAUAGUUCUGGUGUCAUUAAAUUAUCUAGACAAAUUGAUAAUUUACCCAAACAUUCAGUAAUAUCACAGGACCGUCAAUCACUUACUAUUUUCCGUACUUUGAAAAGUGACAGUGGUUCAUAUCAAUGCAAUGCAAGUAAUGCAGUUGGAUGGGAUAUCAUGGAAUAUAGUGUUCGAGUUCGUGUCCCUCCAACAUUUGACACAUCCAAUGUACAACCUGAGGUUCAUUGGUUUGUUAAUCAAACUAGAUCAUUAGAUUGUACAUUAAUGGAUGGUGUUGAUCCUCCACCACAAAUUAAAUGGGAAAGAAAUAAUAUGCCAAUAGUUAGUGGACCAGAUAUUCAAAUAUCUACUGAUGGUAGUCGUAUAACAGUACCUCUUGUACAAACACGUGAUGCUGGUGAAUAUAUUUGUCAUGCACAGAAUGAAGUUGGUAAAUCUACACAAAUAUUUAAUGUACUUAUAUAUGUUCGUCCAAAAUUUAUUGAUCCAACAAGAAAAAUUCACGUACAGGCUGUUCAAAAUGAAACUAUACAAUUAGCUUGUGAAGCGACUGGUGAACCAAGACCACGAUUUGCAUGGUUUAAAAAAGAUAUUGAAAUAAUUCAACCACAAUUUAUGGAUCCACGUUAUAUGCAUUCACAAGUAUCUAGUUUAGCUAUUUUAAGCGGUGAUCAAUUAUUACAAAUAUCAAAUAUACAACCAAUUGAUCAAGGAGAAUAUGCAUGUACAGCUAGUAAUGGUGGAGGUACAAUAGAGAAGAAAUUCAAUGUGACCGUAAUUGUUCCACCUGUUAUUAUCAAACGUUAUGGAUCACCAGAAGAACAUCGUACAUCUGAAUUCAUUCCAAUCACAUUCUAUUGUUUACUGCAUGAUAUUAAUCAAACAAAAGCAGAGAUCACUUGGACUAAAGAUGGUUCACCAAUAUUAAUGUCACCGGAUGGAGAUUAUUUUGUUAUACAAGAUCAAGGUCAAAGUCUAACAGUUGUUCGUCCAACAGGUGAUGAAGUUGGGACAUAUCGUUGUUUGGCAAAGAAUAGAGCUGGUGAAGACAGUCAUAGUUUCCAACUAUCUGUUAUCGCUGCUCCUAGAUUUCCAUCAGAUUUUGUUCGUUAUCGUCAAAAACUUGUUGUACGUUUGGGUGCUGAAAUUGAAUUUGAAUGUCCAGCUUAUGGAUCACCUUCACCUACAAUUACAUGGUAUUAUAAAGGGGCACCAUUAUCUCAAUAUAAUGCACCAGCUAAAUAUACUUUUGAUGAUGAUGGAAAAAAAUUGAAAAUUAUUUCAGCAACUGGUAAAGAUUUGGGUGAAUAUCAAUGUCUAGCACGUAAUGAAGCUGGGAAUAUAUCAAAAAUUUAUGAAUUAGAAGUUAUUAUGCCCCCAUUAGUUAGGCUAGAUAAAACUGAAGUACGUGAAAGAGAAGGUGCUACAUUUACUGUACAUUGUUCAGCUGAAGGACAUCCUAUGCCAUCUUUAGAAUGGUUUAGAGAAACAGGUGGAUUAUUUAGACUUGGAACAAGUGUGGAUGUCAGCACUGGACUCCUAACAAUCACAGAUGCUAAAAAAGAAGAUAGUGGCCGUUAUGUCUGUAAAGCGAUCAAUAAAAUCAGCGAGGAUUCUAAAUCAGUUAUGAUUGAGAUUAUUGAACGACCUACAAUACAUACAUCAAUGAAACCAAUUUUGGCUAGAGAAAAUGAGCAAAUUUUAUUACCAUGUAGAACAAGUGGUACACAACCAAUACGUAUUCAAUGGCUUUUACCGUCUGGUCAAUUAAUUACAACUGAUCAACCUGGUGUAUUUCGAUUACUUCCGGAACAAGGUCUUUUACUUGAAAAAGUACGUUCAGAGCAUGCUGGUCGUUAUCGUUGCUCAGCAAAUAAUGAAGCUGGUUUCCAGAAUGCAGUUGUCAGUUUAGAAGUUUUAAUUCCACCAACAUUGGUUAAACCAGCUAAUUUAGAAGUGUCUGGUCGGUUGAAUUCUGUGUUACGAUUGAAUUGUGAAGUUGAAGGUGGUUCUCCAACGCCUACUUUAACAUGGGAACGUGAUGGUGUAACAUUUAGUCGAACUAAAAGCUAUUACACUACUACAGAAUCUGGUCUGUUUAUCUUUAAUUCACUGAAGCCUGAAGAUGAAGGAGAACUUACAUGUAUCGCUAAGAAUGCAGCUGGUGAAGAUCGUAUUACUUUUCGUGUAUUUGUUCAAGUUCCACCACGUGUCUCAUUGCCAAUAUCCACAAUCGGUUAUGAAGGUAAAUCGGUUACAAUGAAUUGUGAAGCUGAUGGUCGUCCAAAACCUGAAAUUAUAUGGGAAUUUAAAGGACAACCAAUGACAAGUCAUCUAGGUGAUCGUGUACGAUUUGAAACACCAACAAAAGUUACUAUACAUGACUUGAUUCCGUCAGAUGGUGGAACAUACUCGUGUGUUGCUCGUUCUCCUGGACAAGAAAUGGCUAUGGAUUCUACUUUUCUGACAAUUUUCACUAAACCGGAAUUUGAAAGAACACCUAAUCAAACCACUGAAGCUUAUGAAGCAAGAUGGAUACAAUUUCGUUGUAUUGCUAAUGGACAUCCCAAACCAGAAAUUCGUUGGAUGCAUAAUGGAAAUAUUAUUCCAAGUAAUCCAAGUAAAAAUGGAGUUGGUUCACUGGUACUUGGCCCAUUAAGAACUGACCAAGCUGGUCGAUAUACAUGUGUAGCAAAGAAUGAUGCUGGAAAUGUUGAGUACGAUUUUGAAUUGAAAGUCAAAACUCGUCCUAAAGUGCAUGUAUAUCAGUCCGAUGAACCGCCUAGAGAAAGUGAUACAACACGUCUUCGUUGUGAAGUUAGCGGUGAUGCUGAUUCAGUUAUAUGGUUAAAAGAUGGAAAUAUAAUUUCCAAUUCAAGUCGUUUUCGUAUUCUAGAUAGAGGUUCAAGUCUUGUUAUAAAAAUGGCAAAAGCUAAAGAUACAGGAACAUAUCAAUGUAUAGCUGCAAAUCCAGUUGGUGAAGAUCUUGGUGAACUUCGUUUAGUUGUAGAAAGUAAACCAUAUCUUGUUAAUCAUCCAAAUAAUAUGACAGCUCAGAUUGGAAGUGUAGUCGUUAUGGAAUGUCUUGCAGAAGGUCAACCUAAACCAACUAUUACAUGGUAUAAAGAUAAACAACAAAUAAUUCUUCGUGGACAUCGUUCACUUGUUAAUAAUGGCUCUUUAAGGAUUGUUGGAGUCUCAUCAGAUGAUGAUGGUCUAUAUCAUUGCGUUGCUUCUUCAAGUUUGGGUGAAGAUUUCUCACCACCUGCCUUUUUACAAGUUCAAUUAGAUGGUAGAUGGUCGGAAUGGUCUCAAUGGUCAGAAUGUAGUCAAACAUGUGGACAUGGAACCCAAUCAAGAACUCGAACAUGUACUAAUCCAGCUCCAAAAUAUGGAGGUGCUCAUUGUACGGAAGAAAAUAUUGAUAUUCGUCCAUGUUUAGUAAAAUUUUGUCCUACUGAUGGUGAAUGGGGUAGUUGGACACCUUGGUCUGCUUGUACAGCCACAUGUGGUGUAGGUUUAUCUCAAAGACGAAGACGUUGUGAUAGUCCACCUCCAAGCAAUGGUGGAAGGUCAUGUGUUGGUGAAGCUGUUGAAGAUGUGAUGUGUGAAGGUCUUCCACCAUGUCCAGUCUCUGGUAGUUGGUCACCAUGGUCUCCUUGGUCUGAUUGUUCAUCAACCUGUGGAAUAGGAGGAACUCAAAAUCGUAAACGAACAUGUGAUAAUCCAACACCGUCAAAUGGUGGCAGAUCAUGUCCAGGGCAAGACUUGAUGGUACGUGCUUGUAACCGUGGCCCUUGUCCAAUAAAUGGAGGAUGGGGAACAUGGAGCUCUUGGUCUCAUUGUUCACAUAGCUGUGGUGGAGGUCAACGUCGUCGUACUCGUAUAUGUGAUAGUCCGGUUCCAGCAUAUGGAGGUGAAGAUUGUCCGCCAACAGGAAGUACAGAAACUUCUGAGUGUCAGUCAGAACCGUGUCCAAUUCAUGGUGAUUGGUCGAACUGGUCAUCAUGGUCAGCCUGUUCACGUACUUGUGGUGUUGGACUGCAGACUAGAGAACGUGAAUGUACUCAACCACAACCUCAGUUUGGUGGACGUCUAUGCCGAGGAUCAGCGAAAGAAAUAAGAACAUGUGAAACACAAAAACGUGGUAGUUCAGAAUUUUGUCCAAACAAUGAACCUGGACUAAUUUCAACUUGGUCAGAAUGGUCUUCUUGGUCAGAAUGUGAACCUGACUGCUCAUUAGUUGGUCAAACUUCAGAAAAAAGUGGAAUAAAACGUCGUGAACGAACAUGUACACUUUUAUCUCCUGAAAAUGAGUCAACCCAUGGAUGUCCAGGUCCAGCUGAAGAAAUUCAAGAUUGUACACUUGAAUAUAAACUAGAUAAAUGUCAAGAUACUCUACAUAGUGUUAACAAAGGACUGUUAACUGGAACUAUUCGAGGCCGAUUGAAUAAUCAGGACAUUGGAACAAUUCAUCUUAAUGCUAAUUGGUCUACUUCAAAUCGUUCUACUAAUUACGAAUUCCAUUUAACUAAUGUACCAAUAGAACGUAGUCAAUGUUUACAAGCUUUAACUGAAAUUUAUCUUCCUGGCAUUUGGUAUGCAGCAAAAGAGGUAUCUGGUGCAUCUAAUGGUCAUACAAUUAUGGGUGCAUUAAACGGAAUCACAUGGGAAUCAGUUGGUCAAUUUGCUGAUGGCAAUACAAUACAAAUGAGCCAACGUUUAUUAAGAUCAAAUGAUUCAAUUAUGUCAUCUUCAAGUGAAUCUGUUGUCUAUUUGACAACGGAUAUUUAUUUAUCUGGAUCUUGUACAUUGUCUUUAAUUGAUUCUAAAACAACUUCAAGUCCUGAAGUUGAAUUACAUGAUUUUCAUGAAAACUUGGUACAAUUAAGUCCUCAAAAAGGUAGUCUUCAUAGCCAUUCGUCCAGAGCAUUCACAGUUUAUAAUUUAGAGAGAGAAAAAUCACAAAUGGAACCUUAUUCAUGGAUUUCUACAAUCCAAAUUGGUCCAGAAAGAAGACAAACUUAUUUAACUCAAGAACUUCAUAUCAAUGGAAUAGAAAAUAAAGUAAAUUUACAAACUGGACAAGUUGAGUUUUACGCUGAAAGUAUCAUAAAAAAACCUAUUGGUCCAGAUGUUUGUCCAUCUGGUUUUGAAUUGAAUCAAGCUAGAAUCACUGGAACAAGUAUUAGAUUACAAAGAAGACGAGAUUAUUGUAAAGAUGUAGAUGAAUGCGCUUUUCCAAAUUUGAAUAAAUGUGAUCAUGUAUGUAAAAAUACUGUACCUUACUAUACAUGUACAUGUCAUAAAGGUUAUCGCUUAUCAGUUGAUGGACAUUCUUGUAUUGAUAUUGAUGAAUGCGCUAUAAGUGGAAAUAAUGAAACUAUUUGCCCAUAUGGACAAAGAUGUAUUAAUACUCAUGGAAGUUAUGAAUGUAAACAUGUUUGUGGACCCGGUUUGAAAGAAAAUCCUAUAAUGGAUCGUUGUGAAGAUAUUGAUGAAUGUCAAAAUGGACCAGGUAUUUGUGGACCUCAUACAUGUGUGAACACCUUCGGAGGUUAUCAAUGUAUUUGUUUACCAGGUUACAAACGAGUAGGUGAAAUAUGUCAAGAUAUUGACGAAUGUCUAUCUGGAGCUUACCAAUGUAGUGAAAAUGAACGAUGUGUAAAUAUACCAGGCAGUUUUCGUUGCCAACCUGCAUGCCCACAAGGAUACCGUGCGAUGGGUACACCUGAAUCAAAUAUUAUUGAAUGUGUUGAUAUUGAUGAAUGUGCUAUCGGAAUUUCUCAGUGUCCCCUUGGAUCAAAAUGUGUAAAUGAACCUGGAACGUACAGUUGUCGUUGUUCAAAUGGUCAAGAAGCUGGAACUCAAGGAUGUGACAAUCGACGUGAUUUGUUCUGUAAUGAAGGAUUUCAAUGGAAUCGAGAAAAAGGCUGUAUAGAUAUUGAUGAAUGUAAUCCAUCAUUUGGUUCAAGUCCAUGUCAAUAUAAUUGUGUAAAUACAUAUGGAGCUUAUCGUUGUGAAUGUCCAAUAGGCUAUGAAAUAGAUCGUAAAACAAAUUUAUGCAGAGAUAUAGAUGAGUGCAAUUUAGGCAAUCCUUGUAGAUCAGAUGAAGUUUGUUUAAAUCUUCCAGGUAAUUACACAUGUGUACAACAAAGAUGUCCGAAAAAUUAUGUUUACGACAAAAAAUCUAGAUCUUGUCGAAUAAGAUGUAGUGAUUCUAAAUUAAAUUGUCCUCAUGGUGCUAUGUUUGCUGAUACUGUGGAAUAUUUAGUUGUUAGUCUUCCAUCGCCUGAAUCAUACCGUGUGACGGGGUCAAGGAUAAUGCUUCGUGUUGUUGACUGGCAUCAAGUUCAGCAAUCGAAUUGUCACUAUCAUCUUUUAGACAAAGCACCAAAUACACCAGUUCAUCAUCGUACAGAAGAUGGAGUUGUUUACUUAACACCGAAUUGGGCUAAAAAUAAUACAAAUCAAACACGUGAACGUACACUAUUAAGUGCACAUAUUGAAGCGGCAACAAAUUUAACAUAUCAACAAACAAAAUAUGAUGAACCUGGUCAGUUAUAUUAUUUGUUUUUCCGAGUAUCAUGUUAUGAAAAUGAUUCUAAACUAUUAUCAUCAUCAUCGUCGUCAUCAUCAACAGUGGACUCUUUAUCAACGACUAUAUCAUCAGGACAUAAAUCAACAGCUCCAUCAUCAUCUGUAACUUCAUCAACAAUCAAUAAUGAAUAUAAUAUUGGUAAUCAAACAUGGUUUAAUAAUACAUCAUGGGAUAUGAACUAUUAUAAUCAAUCAUAUAAGAAAUAUAAAUUAAUAUUUCAACAUUCAUUUUAUGUUUACAUUUCAAUAUCAAAAUAUCCAUUCUAGGUAAAUGUUCUCAUUACAUAAUCAAAUCUAUGCAUGAUAAUAUAAAAAUAAUGAAACAGUGUCAAUUCUAUAGGAACUUGACGACUAACAUUCUUUUUCUACUUCUUCUUCUUCAUUGUUUCUCUCUGCGUGUGUGUGUGUGUGUGGUGUGUCUAUUUGUUACCCAAAUUUCAAAAAUAAAAAAAAUAAAGAUCAUACAUCUUUGCUUUUCUAGUCACUACUUUAUUACACUUGACUAUGAUUUCGAAUGAACGUGACAAUUCAAUGUGUUCAAGUGAUCAUCUUACUAGUGAAUUGGUUUCUAUGUUGUUUUGUUUAAAUGUAAUUCAGUUUUGUGUUGUUGUUUUUUUUUAUGAAAAAAAAUUUUUUCCCUUUUCAUUAUGUAACCUGAACUUAACCAUGUGAACAUGUAACCUUUUGAAAGAAAAUAGACACGAUAAAAAUAUUUAAAAAAAAGGAAAUCGUUUAUCAUAAUUCAUAACGGAAAUAUAUAAGCUCAUGUUUUUCUUUCUUUUUUUCUUCUUUUUUUCUUUUCUUCUUCAAAGAAUGCGAAUUUUUCAGUGUGUUGCUAUAGGCAACAAAAAAAAGAAAAACUAAAAUCAAUUUUAUAAUUAAUUUAAUAACCGGUUUAAUGAAAUUGUUCUGUAUGUGUUUAGGUGAAAAUGAAUACAUUGUAUCUUGUAUGUU